GGGAGACACCACUGCUCCGGGGGGCUGACCUGGCGGGGAGUGGCAGCGCAAUCCGCUCCCGCACCGCUUUGUGCGCCCAGCCCGUGGCCCCUCGGCUCCCGGGUCUGCCCCCUGGGACAGCCCCCUGCCCCGCCCCAGUCAUGCAACUCUACCUGCCUCUCCUCUGCGGACCUUUGGGAAGCUGCCGCCCACCCCGGGGUCUCGGGCCCUGACCCUGCCAGGCAGCGGGUAGGUGUCCGCCCGGGGCCCGCUCGCGCCCCUCGUGCCCGCCGAGGCCCUGGGCUCUCAAGUUGUGGGGACCAGCGCGAGUUGGAAAGUUUACCCGAGGGCUGGUGCGGGCUCGGAGCAGGGGGCACGCGCGCUGCCCUCGGAGCCGGAGCGGGCCAGUGGCAUUCAUCAUGAGACUUUUGGGAUCGUUGGUAGAAGGGAUUUUAGAACCACCAGUCUUUGGAUUAAGUCGGGUGAAAGAGGAAAGAGGGACAUCAUUUCUGGGUGUGGGCAGUGCCCACCACAAUGCCUUCCUUACACAUAACCAAAAUUUUGUGCGACUGAACUCAACCAUGGUACAUCCAAAUUCUCCUCAGAGGCGAGACUUCCCAAAGGACCAAUGACUCUGUUCCUUGUGCCCUUCCAUUUUUUCCUACCCCGUAACUAUGUCUCGAUCCCGCCAUGCAAAGCCUUCCAGAUUAGUCAGGAAGGAAGAUCUAAACAGAAAGAAGAGCAGCCAACUGAAGAAGACAUCUAAGUCAGCCAAUAAAAAUGUGGGAUCAGUCAAGACUGUGAGCCCUGGAAAAGUAUUAAAGCAAUUAAUUCAAGAAAGAGAUGUUAAGAAAAAAAUAGAACCCAAAACACCUAUGCCAGUCAGAAGCCUUCUGACAAGAGCUGGCGCGGCACGAAUGAAUUUGGAUAGGACUGAGGUUCUUUUUCAGAACCCAGAGUCCUUAACUUGCAAUGGGUUUACAAUGGCUCUCCGAAGCACCUCUCUUAGCAGGCGGCUCUCCCAACCUCCAGUGAUCAUAGCCAAACCUAAGAAAAUUCCACCUCCUAAGCAUUUAGAAAAGCAUCAUGAAUGUGAUUAUAAUGUAGUUACUGACAAAGGAGUAAAACACUCAGAAAAUGACUCCAUUCCAACCCAAGUUCCCCUAAUUGCUCCUGAUACAGAGUCUUUAAUUGGCGUACAAAAUGCAUCUGUAAUUAAAGGCGAGAGCCAAGAGACAACCCAGUCUUGGUCCCAAAAAGUGGAGGAUUCCAAAAUAAAUACUUCCACUCACAGUGGCCCUGCAGUAGAGAUCCCUUCUGGGUCAUUGGAAGGGACACAUGGUGGUGAAGGACUCUCUAAGGAAACAUUGACUGAUCCAAGUGAUCCCCCCACAGUGUUUGCUCAGGACACUCUGUGUGCUCCUUUGCUCCAAAGAGCAGCCCUCAAGGUUACUUGUGAAGGAAAUUCCAGCAUUCAGUUAGAAGAUUUGGGUUCACGAGUAGAAUCUCUUAAGCUCUCUGAUUCUUACGUGGAUCCCAUCAAAAGUGAACAUGAUUGCUACCCCACCUCCAGCUUUAAUAAGGUUAUACCUGAAUUGGACCUUAGAAACUGUUUGUCUAUUGGUGGGUCAAUAUAUCCUACCUCAUUAAUAAAACUCCUCCUGGCAGGCUCGGAACAAGAAACCCUUGGUGCUAAACCAGAUAAUCAAGAAGUACUCAAAGCUACCCCAGACCAACAGGAAAUUCCUGAUACCAGCCCUGUCAUAGGACAGGCUUUUAGUGCUGUCCCACAUCGAUGGGAAGUUCCUGGUGCUAACCCAGUACACGGAGAGGCUCUGGAUGAGACCCCAGCCCCACCUGAGAUUCCUGGUGCUAUUCCAGUCCAAGGAGAGGUCUUCGGUGCUAUCCUAGACCAACAAAUCCUUGGAAUGGGUGGUAGUACUGCCUCAGACCCCCCUAUCUUUGUUCCUGCUCCACUAAACCCAGUUGCUACCUAUAAUAUUCUCCCAGAAUGGCCUGAGCCCCAGAGCACUGUUUCAUAUGGGCUUGAGGUCCAGAGCGCUAUGCAGAUUUUGCCUUUGGGCUCAGGUCACACUCCUCAGCCAUCAAUAAGCUCAGAGAUAAAUUCAGUACCUCCUGUGAUGACUAUUAGCAACAUAGAAAAUCAGAAGCAGGUUCAUAUAAGCUUUCUGCCAGGUAACACUCAGCCCUUCACGUUAGGCCCCGAGAGAGGACUCCUCCAUGCUUCACAGGGCCUUACCCAACUCUCCCAGGCUGGUCCCAGCAAAUUGGAAGGAGGGAGCUCCCAGAUCAGUGUGCCCAGCAUGGUUGACAUCAAUACCACAGUGGUGUCUAGGCCAGGUUCAGUUGCCAGGGCCUCCUCUUCUCGUACAACUUUGCUACCUACUUUGGAAAAGAAGAAACGAAAGCGGUGUGGUGUAUGUGAGCCCUGCCAGCAGAAGACCAAUUGUGGUGAAUGUACCUACUGCAAGAACAGAAAGAACAGCCACCAGAUCUGUAAAAAGAGGAAAUGUGAGGAACUGAAAAAGAAACCAUCUGCCACUGUGCCUUCGGAGGUUAUAAAAGAAAACAAGAGGCCCCAGAGGGAAAAGAAGCCCAAAGUUUUAAAGGCUGAUUUUGACAAAAAACCAGUAAAUGGCCCCAGGUCAGAAUCCAUGGAAUACAGUAGAUGCCAUGGGGAGCAACAGAGAUUGGAAUUAAGCCCACCUCCCCUUGAAAAUGUAACUAAAAAUGAAGAAAGUAUGACAGGUAUUGAAGCGGAGAAGUGGACACAAAAUAAGAAAUCACAUUUAACUGAUCAUGUCAAAGGAGAAUUUAAGGCAAUUGUGACAGAAGCUGAAAAACUGAAGAACUCUGAAGAUGAAAAGAAGAAAGUCCUACUCACCGAGUUACCGGAACCUCAAAAAUUGUUUGCACAAACUGUAAGAAACGGCAUUAAAAAUGUACACUAUUUACCAACUGAGACCCAUGUGUCUUUUAAAAAAUUCAAUAUUGAAGAAUUUGGCAAGGCAUUCGAAAACAACUCCUAUAAAUUCCUGAAAGACACUGCCAACCAUAAUGCCAUGAGCUCCAUUGCCACUAGUGUGAGUUGUGAUCAUCUCAAGGAGAGAAGUAAUGUUUCAGUCUUCCAGAAGCCCAGUUUUAACUGCAAGUCUAUCCCAGAUCCAGCAAAUUUCAACUUAAGUUGUCAUACCAGUACAUACAAUGAAACUGAUCAACCCAAAUCUCUAGAAAAUAUACCCAGUAAAGAAUCAAAAGAUGGAUCUCCAGUUCAACCAAGUCUUCUAUCCCUAAUGAAAGAUAGGAGAUUAACAUUGGAGCAAGUGGUGGCCAUAGAAGCUCUGACUCAACUGUCAGAAGCUCCAUCAGAAAAUUCUUCACCAUCAAAGUCCGAGAAGGAUGAAGAAUCAGAGCACAGAACAGCAAAUUUGCUUAAUAGCUGUAAAGCUAUCCUUUAUUCGGUAAAAAAAGACCUCCAAGAGCCAACCUUACAGGGGGAGCCAGAAAGCCUUCAUCACUAUCCAUCUUUGGAAAAGCAAAGUUCAUGCAGCACAGUGGUUUUCAAUGGCCAAAAUAUUUCCAAGUCACACAACAACUCAACUGCUAACCAAGCAUCUACAAAGUCACAGGAAUAUUCAAAAGUCACAAGUUCAGGAUCUCUGCUCAUACCAAAUUCAAAUUCGUCUAAAAUCGACAUCAGUAAAAAUGUUGCUCAAGCUAGAAUUACCAUUGACAGUAGUAAGACUUUGCAUCAGAUGCCACCAACAAGUGAUACACUGGGGCAUUGUAACCAGUCACUGGCCAACAGUAAACAGAUAGAUUCAAAAGAUGAUUCAUCAUGUCAAGAUACAGUUCAUAGUAAAAUAGAGGAAGAUGUUGCAACACAGUUAACACAACUUGCAUCAAUAAUUAAAUUCAAUUAUAUAAAACAACAGGACAAAAAGGUUGAAAGUACAUCAUCAAGCCUUGUUGCAUACAACGCCCAGCAAAAAAACAGUCCGGGGAAAAUCACAGUACAACAGAAACCACCGUGCAGUGUACAAAACAAUCAUAGUUCAUCAUUAACAAAGCACAAGAACACAACACAGAAAAAGACAAAAUCUACCCCAUCAAGAGAUCGACGGAAAAAGAAGCCUAUAGUACUAACUUGUCAAGAUAAUGACCAGAAAAAGCGGGAACAGUUGUCAUAUGAGUAUAGUAAGUUACAUGACAUUUGGAUAGCAUCUAAAUUUCAAAGAUUUGGUCAAUUUGGUCCACAUGAUUUUCCUAUUCUGUUAGGAAAAAUUCCUCCCCUCACCAAAGUAUGGAAACCACUGACUCAAACAACUUCAGCGUUGGAACACAAAAAAUUAUUUCCUCCACUCACUCAGAUCAAAUUUGAGCGUUAUUAUCCCGAAUUAGCACAGGAGAAAACCAUGAAGGUUGAACCGUUGGAUUCUCUCCCAUUAUUCCAGUUAAAAACAGAAUCCAAUGGGCAGGCGUUUACAGAAAAAGUUUAUAAUUCUCAGGUACAGCCAUCCGUGAAUGUCAAUCAGAAAGCUCAUCCUUUACUCCAGGCUUCCUCUCCAACUAACCAGUGUGCUAAUGUAAUGAUUGGCGAAGACCAAACACAAUUCCAGCAGGACAUGAAAGACCAAGUCAUGCAUCAGAGACUGCCAACAUUGCCUGGUAUCUCUCAUGAGACCCCCUUACCAGACCCAGCACAAAUUCUCAGGAAUGUAAAUGUAGUAUGUUCAGGUGGAAUUACAGUGGUUUCUACAAAAACUGAAGAGGACGUCUGUUCAUCCAGUGUUGGAGCAUCAGAAUUUCCCCCAGUAGACAGUGCACAGAAAAGUUUUAAUGAUUAUGCCAUGAACUUCUUUACCAAUCCUACAAAAAACCUGGUGUCUACAACGAAAGAUUCUGAUUUGCCAACCUGCAACUGUCUUGAUCGAGUUAUACAAAAAGACAAAGGCCCAUAUUAUACACACCUUGGGGCAGGACCAAGUGUUGCUGCUAUCAGGGAAAUCAUGGAGAAUAGGUAUGGUCAAAAGGGAAACGCAAUAAGGAUAGAAAUUGUAGUGUACACGGGAAAGGAAGGGAAAAGCUCUCAUGGGUGUCCAAUUGCUAAGUGGGUUUUAAGAAGGGGCAGCGAUGAAGAGAAAGUUCUUUGUUUGGUUCGGCAGCGUACGGGCCACCAUUGUCCGACAGCCGUGAUGGUGGUCCUCAUCAUGGUAUGGGACGGCAUUCCUCUCCCCAUGGCCGACAGAUUGUACACGGAGCUCACCGAAAAUCUAAAGUCCUACAAUGGUCAUCCCACAGACCGAAGAUGCACACUGAAUGAAAAUCGUACCUGCACAUGUCAAGGAAUUGAUCCUGAGACUUGUGGAGCGUCAUUUUCUUUCGGUUGCUCUUGGAGCAUGUACUUCAAUGGAUGUAAAUUUGGUAGAAGCCCAAGCCCUAGAAGAUUUAGAAUUGAUCCAAGCUCUCCGUUACACAACUACUAUGAAAGAAUUACUAAAGGACGUAAUCCAGAAAGAAGAUGUAUGAAACCGGAACCAAUCUGUCCGGGACACGAGGCCAUGGAAAAAAACCUUGAAGACAAUUUACAGAGUUUGGCAACACGAUUAGCUCCAAUUUAUAAGCAGUAUGCUCCGGUUGCUUACCAAAACCAGGUAGAAUAUGAACAUGUUGCCCGAGAAUGUCGGCUUGGCAGCAAAGAAGGUCGUCCUUUCUCUGGUGUCACUGCUUGCCUAGACUUCUGUGCUCAUCCCCACAGGGACAUUCACAACAUGAAUAAUGGAAGCACUGUGGUUUGUACUUUAACACGAGAAGAUAACCGCUCCUUGGGGGUUAUUCCUCAAGAUGAGCAGCUUCAUGUGCUACCGCUCUACAAACUCUCAGACACAGAUGAGUUUGGCUCUAGUGAAGGAAUGGAAGCCAAGAUCAAAUCUGGGGCCAUCGAGGUGCUCACACCCCGCCGUAGAAAAAGAACACGUUUCACUCAGCCCAUUCCUCGUUCUGGGAAGAAGAGGGCAGCAAUGAUGACAGAAGUUCUUGCACAUAAGAUAAGAGCUGUGGAGAAGAAAUUCAUUCCUCGAAUCAAGCGGAAGAAUAACUCGACCACAAACAAUAACAAAGCUUCAUCGCUGUCGCUCAUAGGGAAUAAAACCGAAGCCUUGCAACUUGAAAUAAAAAAUGAAAAUGAACCCCAUUUUAUCUUCAAAGGUUCGGACAACACUAAAACCUAUUCAUUGACCCCAUCCAUUCCUCACGCGUGGAAAGAGGCAAACAUACCUCCAGGUCUCUCCUGGUCCCCUAAGACUGUGUUGGCCACAACAGCUCCUUUUAAGAACGAUGCGUCGACAGUUUCCUACGGGUUUUCAGAAAGAAGUAGCAAUCCUCACUGCACAAUGCCUUCUGCCAGACACGGUGGUGCUAAUGCAGCUGCGGGGGAAGGCGCUGGAAUUGCACAGCCUGGUGAAAUGGUUCCUCUUCCCACCUUGUCUACUCCCAUGACUGAUUCCUUGGUUUAUUCUGAGCCUCCCACUGGUCCAUCUGAACAUCUAACUUCUAAUCAUCCAAGCCAGCAACCCCCAUUCACCGCAUCUCCUCAUGGCCUUGCGUCCUCUCUGGUGGAAGAAGAUGAGCCACACUCUGAAGUAGAUGAGCCUCUCUCAGAUGACCCCCUCUCAGACGACCCCCUGUCACCUGCUGAGGAGAAAUUGCCCCACAUAGAUGAGUACUGGUCAGACAGUGAGCACAUUUUCUUGGAUGCCAACAUUGGCGGGGUGGCGAUAGCGCCCGCUCACGGCUCCGUUUUGAUCGAGUGCGCCCGGCGAGAGCUGCAUGCCACGACUCCUGUCGAACACCCAAACCGGAACCAUCCCACACGCCUCUCCCUUGUCUUCUACCAGCACAAAAACCUGAACAAGCCCCAACAUGGAUUUGAACUAAACAAAAUUAAGUUUGAGGCGAAAGAAGCUAAGAAUAAGAAAACUAAGGCCUCCGAGCAGAAAGACCAGGCAGCUACUGAGGGUCCUGAAAUGUCCCCCGAAGUUAAUGAAUUGAACCAAAUUCCUUCUCACAAAGCAUUAACGUUAACCCAUGACAAUAUUGUCACAGUGUCCCCCUAUGCUCUCACACAUGUUGCAGGGCCCUACAACCAUUGGGUCUGAAAGCUUUUCUCCCCUUCUUAAUGCCUUUGCUAGUUUUGUGUAUUUUUUCAAGGUGCUGUUAAAAGAAAGUCAUGUUGUCGUUUACUUAUAUCUUCAUCUCACCCAUUUGAAGGCUGAGGUAACAAAAAAAAAUGGGGUGGGUAUUUCUUAA